UCUGAACUCGGAAUAUCCGAUUUUUAUAUGAAUGAAGAUUUCUAUAGCAUGCCUGGAUUUACUCUUACGUCAAAUCCCAGCAAAUGGUGUGGAGCACCAAUUCAUUGGUACAUGAACGAUACGGCACUGCCUGUCGCAAAUGAAACAAUUACUAAAAAAGUAUGCGUGGCUGAUGGAACGAACUGUUCGUAUUGGAAAAUGAUCAGGGUUAAAAACUGCUCAUCGGUCGACUACAGAUUUCAUUUAUCCCCAACGGAUGCGUCUGAUGAAGCCUAUUGUAUCGAGUCCUUGAAUGGAACAAAUACUGGUGAUCCUGCCCCUGACGUUUAUUAUAUAAAGCCAAAACACUCGUUCAAGCUAGAGUUUAGGAGUUAUAUUUUAGAACCAAACGACCGGCCACUUCUAUAUACUGUUAAGUGGUAUGUAAGGGACACAAGUGGGCGAUUGAAGCAUUUACGCACCAGUACCACAGCUAAAAUUAACAACGGACAGUUCAACGAAACAACAACACUUUUGUUGUUGUUGUUUUUGUAUUUUGUAUUUGUUUGUUUGUUUCCAUCGUAAUAUAUUUAUUAAAUAAUU